CAUGUGAUUACAUUUUUCACCUGACUGACAUUUUUCUUGGCGAAUUUCUUCAACAGUAAUUGGGCGACGACUGAAAAAUUGUAAAUUUUCCCCGUGAAAAUUUUUGGAAUUCAAGGAGAAAAAUCACAAUUUAACAUUUUUGCAUAACACUAACCAAUACAACAGUAAAAAUGAAAAUCUGUGGCCCAAAACUGUCGCUAUGCGGUUUGAUCAUCUCGGUCUGGGGAAUCAUACAAUUGGUAUUGAUGGGAGUUUUCUUCUUUAUACAUAGCGUUGCGCUUAUUGAAGAUUUACCUAUCAGCGAGGACUACUCUUCGGUCGAGGAAUUCUAUACUGCGGCCAAUGCUGCGUACAACCAGAACGCCUAUAACUGCUGGAUUGCGGCCUGCAUCUAUGUGCUAACUCUCCUGUUAUCCGCUCAACAAUUCUAUGUGAACAGCCGAGCAACUGCCAACUAAUUUACUGAUCGAACGCCGUAGACCAACAAGACAAGAUAUAAAAGUGCAGACUAUUCCCAUUUAUAACCACUUGUUAAGUUCUCCGGCCUAAGUAAUACCUCUAUCAUCAUCCAUUGUGGCAGUAGCAGUCAGCAGGCGUGCCCCAAUAAAAAACAUACCAAAAUAUGUAUCUGGUAUUAUAUUGGUGCGAAGACGGAAAAAUUCGAAGUCUGCGGAGCGGCAUAAACUCAUAUUGUCAUCUCGUUCAAUAUCAUCAGCGUCGAGGUUAUUGUUGAUUUUUUUCAUUAAGUAAGCGGUGUCUGCAAUUUUUAAUGCAACAAUAUUGUUUCCGAAAAUAUUAAAAAACAGUUAAAAUUAUUUACCUUCUUUUUGAAGUAAAGAUAAGAGCAUAUUUUAUUGAACAAAUUACUUUGCUAUUAAUUUCUGUAACAAAAACAAAAAAACCUUCAAACUAAUGUCAUCAGUACUCAUGUAUUUGGACAGCACAGAUAGUGCUUGUAGGAAAUUGAAAACUUAAUAACACAUUCCAUGAUCGACCAAAUCGCAAA